ACAGCGCAGGCGGCGACCACAAAAACGUGCUGGAACAGCUGCGAUAGAACUAAAAAUUGUUUUCGAUUAAAAUGCAAAUAAAACCAGAGAAGCUCAGCUUCUCGGAUGUCGAUGAUACCGACGAGGAAUCGGAUGGGCAACCGGCAUCGAUCAGCAGGGAGCAACUAGAAAAGCUGAAAGAACUUAUAAAACAGGAGAAGAGAACGUCUUCUGAAGAUGACAGUGAUUCUUCAGAACCAACCUCUCCGAAUGUGGCAACAGCCAGGGUGAAGAGUGAACCACCAGAAAGGGAUCCUGCACCAUCCAGCCGCUCCAGCGUUGGUACAGUCGCUGUGAAGAUUGAACCUUCCGGAAAAAGUCCCCGAGCGAAUGAUACAGUUGUCGAGCCGCUGGACGACCUUCCCUCAAACAUUAGCUCAAUUAGCGACACUGGCUUUCCACCACCACUCCAGUCUAAGCUGGUGGACUACUUGCAACGCUUUCCCAACGUACGGCCAACAAUCCCAGCUAGCAAUCAAGGAUCUGCCGUUGAGCUUGAUCUAAGCAAUCCGGAUGAAGAAGCCUGGAUCGUCCAGUGUCCGGCAACUAUCGAUCCGCACGUUGUGCUGCUGAAUCGAAAACUGAACCUUUCGGCACCGCAGGCAACGGUGAAAAAGUGCCCCAUACCCCUGGAAACCACGGUACGCCGAAACACGGCACAGCAGGUGAUCAGUGUGCUUUCCGAGUCCCAGAUGAAAUCGUUCGUUCCAGCCGGGUUUAUCCGCAUUACCGAACCUCUUCCGGAGGUGAACCGCUCGGAACAGUUAGACCAAGAGGGGGAGAAGUACCGUGAGGUACGUGUACCCUUUCCGGACGACAUACGCGAGCGCCAUCCGUUGCUGGGUUACGACUUUCAAACGCAGCUUGCGAUACCGGACCGUGUGCAAAAGCGCCUCUCGUUCGCUCGACAAAAAGCGGAUUUGUUUUACACCUUGCCCCAGCUGACUCGUUUAGAAAAGACAAACCAUGGCAGUAGCACCAGCAACGAAUCCCACCCGGAACCGGUAACGACGAAGACGAGGAAACGGAAAGCUGCUCAGGAAAACGUGGCCACUAAGAUGCCGUCGACGGUGGGCGAGAUUGUCGUAAAAGAGGAACCUACGACACCGACGAAGAAGAAAAGAAGAAACGAAGCAAAGCAAGCGGUAGCGAUGGGAGAAGAUGCCGAUCGUCCGGUGGUGGCGAAGCAAGAGGUUACCGAGGCAACCGAGGAUGAUAUAUCGUGGCUGUUGAACAUUUAAACGGUGUGCCGUUCCCGUACAGUAGUGUCACACUGAACACGCGAAGGAGUUUACUAUGAUUAUUCAACAGAAAUACAUUUGUUGGCGCUACCGCUUGCGUGUAUGGUCGAUA